AUGUACUGGCCCAUUGGGGCACCCAAAACAUACGCUGCUUCUAAGCAUGUAGCUCGCAGCACCAAUUCACCCAUUCCCGAACACGAUGAUUCUGAGACGACUGCCAUCACACCACUCUCGCCCGAUGCUGGACAACUCACACCUCUCGUCUUGGAACACGAACAGACUCUCUUUGAACCCUCGACCACAUCGCACGUUACUUCGGACGGCGCUAGCAACAGAGAAGAGCAGGAAAUAGUGGACAUCAAGACAUCGCGCGCAGGCAGCAUAUUCACCACAAUCACUGCAUCGUCGCUUAGUGUAUGGCAAACCAAGCCCACUGCGCUACUUGCCACCGUUGCAAGAUCGAGCCAUUCACUCGACACCUACGGUCCAAACACCUCUCUUCUGCUGCGCCCAGAUGCCCUCAUUGUCAUUGUUCAGACCCAGAAAGGCUUCUUGGUUACAUAUUCUCUGGCCAUUGAUCCGGCUGCUAGGGUGUACCAGACUUCUAUCUACACCCCCUCUGGAUCUCACGUUCGGCGACCAAGCAAUGAGGCAUACAGCAAAAGGCCCAAUCUUGCGCCUGAAGUUGGACCUGCAGAAGGAGAAGGCAUAAAAGAAGUCAGCAUCCGCUUCCGCAUGGUCAUUCGGAUAGAUGCUGGUAUCUCGCGGGCUCUUGUUCUGGACGACGAGCUCGUCGUGACGACCGUCAAACCCGCAGCCGUUCAAUGCAUACGCUGGACACCGGACAGCUCGGGCUCAUCACACAAUACCGAACUUCUUAAGCGGAUGACCUGGCUUAUUGGAAAACCCGCGGUCACGGACAUGGCAUAUGAUCGUCCCAUGAACCUGCACACUUGGGUGACUGACGACGGACGGGCAUACGCAGUGCAAAGAUUAUCGGGAGCAACUGCGGAUCCAGCAAAUUCAAAGAGUCUGUUCAGGGGGUUCUGCUUUCAUUCUCCCGAGCACCAAGGUCAUUUCGCAACCAAGUCCGCAAUCAAUGCUCGUUUCUCCUUGAUAGCCAUCGGCUGCUCAAACGGCUCAAUUCAAGUAUACUCCGCAAAGGACUACAUCGGUAACAUUCCUCGAUCGCAUGAGCUUAAGUUGCCGGUUUCAGAAGCAUCUUCUGGUGACCUGACUUUCCUGAGCUGGUCUCCGGAUGGUUAUUGUCUCUUUGCAGGAUAUGAUCAAGGCUGGGCAAUGUGGAGUGUCUACGGUAAGCUGGGUGCAAAUUCUUUUGGCGCAGAUAGGCCAAUGUCAGAAUCCAAUGACGAAGAGUGGCUCUGUGGCGUGCGCGCAGGUUUCUGGGUCGGCGGUGGUGCAGAAAUCUUGCUUCUUGGACCCAACAGGCACGAGUUUCAUGUGGUCGAGAUGAUGCGCAGCAGCGUGACGGGCUGCUUUGCCAUGCCGAACAUCUCUCGAUCGUUGCUACAAGGAAGUACCAGUCUGAUGCUAUACAAGGGAUUUGAGACCUCGUACCACACUACCAUCUCCGGCGACAUCUCCCUGUGGCAGACCGUACAGGUUCCACAAGCCUAUCUAGCAUAUCAGUGGCCGAUCCGACUGAGCGUCGUCUCUUCUGAUGCACGGUAUCUUGCUGUAGCUGGAAGACGAGGGCUGGCACAUUACAGCGUUGGUAGUGGGCGCUGGAAGACCUUUGAUGACACCAUUACCGAGAACAGUUUCACUGUAAGAGGUGGUAUGUGUUGGUGGCAACACAUUCUUGUGGCUGCCGUGGAAUCUGGCAGUAGUUAUGAGGUCCGUCUAUACUCGCGCGAGAAAAGCCUGAACAAUUCUCAGGUGCUACACACCGAGACAUUGGCAUAUCCAGUGGUUUGUAUGUCCACAUCUGGUGAAGAUUCGCUCCUGGUAUAUACCUACGAGAACGUACUGUUGCACUACAUCUUUGUCUCGUCCUCGAAGUCUGUCAAGCUGGUACAGGUUGGUCAGAUCGCUUUUCAUGGCAUCAUCAGGGCUCCUCCACGCGUUCGUGCUAUCAGCUGGAUUCUUCCUGAGGAGCAGCGAGACAAUGGUGAUCCCUCACACGAUGUCGCUACAGCCUCUGUGCUAUUUCUAGUUGAUGCCAAAUUGGUCUUGUUGCAGCCAUCAGCAAACGAACACGGCGAGCUCAAGUACGAUAUGCGCGUCAUCGCUCACAACGUGGAAUUCUAUACACUAUCAAGAGAGCAGCCAGCAUCGAACCCACCAUCAAGUCCAUUAGACGACAAUUCUGAUAACAACUAUCUCCCUAUGGGUGCUCUUGGCCAUAGCUUGCGAGAUUCUUUAUGGUAUUUCGACGGCACAUCGAUGCACGCUUGGUCUGACGUCCUUGAUGUGCUUUCUUCUGCCCUUACAGAACAUGGGCGUGAGGUUGCGCCCACUGUCGCGAUCGCGACUGACUUCUAUCCACUGUCUGCCAUCGUAGAGAAAGGGCUACUCACCGGUCUCGAAUCAGACUUGGUUCAGCGUCGGGACAUCAAUUUCGCAUUUUACCGCCUCAACCCUCGCACUCAUUUGUCGAUACCGUCUCUUUUACGACAUCACUUGGCCCAAUACGACUCGCCUGCUGCACUCCAUCUCUCACAUUCCUAUCAAAAACUUCCAUACUUCAACCACGCCCUAGAAGUGCUCUUGCAUGAUGUUCUAGACGAUGAGGUCGACACGCCUCCCGAAUCGUUAGAGACAGCCCUGCUUCCCGGUGUGCUUUCGUUUCUCUCAUCAUUCCCGACGUAUCUCGAUAUCGUCGCAGGCUGCACACGAAAGACAGAAUUGCGAAGCUGGAAGACCUUGUUCCGCUACUUGCCUCCUGUAGUUGAGUUGUUCGAAGAGUCAUUGCAGAAAGACAUGCUGAAGACAGCCGGAAGUUACUUGCUUAUCCUGCAUGCAUUCGACGAGGGCAGUUUCAGCGCCCGGCAGAUAUCGACUUUACUCAAACGAGCUAGAGAAGAGGGGGAUUGGGAUCUAUGCAAAGAACUGGCUCGAUUCCUGGUGGGAAUCGACGAGACUGGAAAUCUUCUGAAAACUGUCCUCGUCCGAGCUGGACUGAGGGAUGCCGAACCUAAUAACAGCUACAGCUCGGAUGAAGAUGAGCACAUGAUGACCUCUAACGGAAUCAGCACCUCCAAUGGAGCGGCAGUACAGACUCCGGACAGAUCUGACGGUAACAGUAGUGGCAGUAUCAUCCAUGCCGGCCGACACUCCUCACAAGACUAUUUCGCCGAUUCGGCGAGAUACUCAUAA